GUUUGCUCUCGCCUGACUCCUCCCCCGAGUUCGAUGCGCUCGUCUCUCGGCUCUGCUCAGGCUUGUCAGUGCGGGCGAGAGCGCUGCUAAACAUGGCGUCGGACGGGAUGAUUUUAACCAACCACGACCACCAAAUCCGAGUUGGAAUAUUGACAGUGAGUGACAGCUGCUUCAGAAACCUUGCUGAGGACCGCAGUGGAAUCAACCUCAAAGAUCUUGUCCAUGACCCGUCCUUGCUCGGAGGCAUAAUCUCUGCAUACAAAAUUGUCCCUGAUGAAAUUGAGGAGAUCAAGGAGACGCUGGUGGACUGGUGCGAUGAGAAGGAGCUCAACUUGAUCCUGACCACUGGUGGAACAGGUUUUGCACCCCGUGAUGUCACGCCUGAGGCCACCAGAGAAGUGAUCGAGCGUGAAGCUCCGGGGAUGGCUCUAGCAAUGCUCAUGGGCUCCCUAGAUGUCACGCCACUCGGCAUGCUGUCCAGACCUGUUUGUGGAAUCAGGGGCAAAACCCUCAUCAUUAAUUUACCUGGGAGCAAGAAGGGCUCACAGGAGUGCUUUCAGUUCAUCCUGCCUGCUCUGCCGCAUGCCAUAGACCUGCUGCGGGAUGCCAUAGUAAAGGUAAAGGAGGUACAUGAUGCUCUAGAGGACCUGCCGUCCCCUCCACCGCCCCUCUCCCCUCCACACACCUCCAGCCCCCACAAGCAGACAGAAGACAAGGGUGUGCAGUGUGAGGAAGAGGAUGAGGAGAAGAAGGACAGUGGCGUGGCGUCCACAGAGGACAGCGGCUCCUCUCACAUCACAGCAGCUGCUAUUGCUGCUAAGAGCAUGAAGUCUCAUCCCAGCCAUGCUGUUGUCAUUGCGAGAGGUGGACAGCCCUUGAGUGGCUUCAUCCCGUCCACCUCCAUUCCCUCCCAUUUCACCUGCUCCUGCAGUGAUACGAUACCUGAGUCCAUCAUCUCACGAGGCGUGCAGGUUUUGCCGCGGGACACCGGCUCUCUCAGCACCACGCCCUCGGAGUCUCCUUGUGCUCAGCAGUCCCGCCUCUCCACUGCCUCCUGCCCCACCCCCAAAGCCCGGCUCACCUCCUGUUCAUCCACUUGUAGUGUCACAGAGGCUGUAUCAGGUGAGUUACUGUCCUGUGGCUUCCUCCAGGCCUCACGGAGAGAGUUCAGGGCUCACCUGGAUGAGGUCAUCACGCUCAAGUCAAGGUACUCUACCUUGGACCAGCUCCACUCUAGGCUGGAGGGGCUCAAAGAUGAUCGCAGGAACCAUAGGACCUUCGACUCGCGAGUGCAGUCACGAUGCAGCAGCAAGGAGAACAUCCUGAGAGCAAGUCACAGUGCAGUGGAUAUCACCAAGGUAGCUAGGAGACACCGCAUGUCCCCAUUUCCCCUCACUUCUAUGGACAAGGCCUUCAUCACUGUGCUGGAGAUGACUCCUGUCCUGGGUACAGAAAUCAUCAACUACAGAGAUGGAAUGGGUCGAGUUCUGGCUCAGGAUGUCUAUGCCAAAGACAACCUGCCUCCUUUCCCUGCAUCAGUUAAAGAUGGCUACGCUGUUCGAGCUGCUGAUGGUCCUGGUGAUCGCUUCAUCAUUGGAGAGUCUCAGGCUGGGGAGCAGCCCACUCUCACAGUUAUGCCUGGCCAAGUGAUGAGGGUGACGACAGGUGCUCCUAUCCCAUGUGGUGCAGAUGCCGUAGUGCAAGUAGAAGACACAGAACUGCUACGAGAGUCUGAAGACGGUACAGAGGAGUUGGAGGUGAGGAUCCUGGUUCAGGCUCGUCCAGGACAGGAUAUCAGGCCUAUAGGACAUGACAUCAAGCGUGGAGAGUGUGUUCUGGCUAAGGGCACUCACAUGGGUCCAUCUGAGAUCGGCCUCCUGGCCACUGUAGGAGUCACAGAGGUGGAGGUGCAGAAGUUCCCAGUUGUAGCAGUCAUGUCCACUGGCAAUGAGUUGUUAAACCCUGAGGAUGACCUUCACCCAGGCAAGAUCAGGGACAGUAACCGAUCCACACUGUUGGCCACCAUUCAGGAACACGGCUAUCCCACCAUCAACCUCGGCAUCGUCGGAGACAACCCAGACGACCUGCUGAGUGCCCUGAACGAGGGCAUUAGUCGUGCUGACGUCAUCAUCACCUCCGGGGGCGUGUCCAUGGGUGAGAAGGACUAUCUGAAGCAAGUGCUUGAUAUAGACCUGCAUGCCCAGAUCCACUUCGGUCGAGUGUUUAUGAAGCCAGGUUUGCCUACUACGUUUGCCACCUUAGACACUGACGGUGCCAGAAAGCUGAUCUUCGCCCUUCCAGGUAACCCAGUGUCAGCUGUUGUAACCUGUAACCUCUUUGUUAUCCCUGCAUUAAGAAAGAUGCAGGGGAUCCUGGACCCACGGCCCACCAUCAUCAAAGCCAGGCUGUCCUGUGAUGUAAAGUUGGAUCCACGUCCAGAAUAUCAUCGCUGUAUACUGACAUGGCACCAUCAGGAACCACUUCCCUGGGCACAAAGCACAGGAAACCAAAUGAGUAGUCGGCUAAUGAGCAUGCGCAGUGCCAACGGCCUUCUGAUGUUGCCUCCAAAAACAGAGCAAUACGUGGAGCUGCACAAGGGUGAAGUCGUGGACGUCAUGGUCAUAGGACGGCUAUGAUGUCAUCUUAAGGGGACAGACCAAGUACAGAGCAAGAAAGUGGUGCAUGUCCACAUAUCAUUACUAUUCUGUAAUAUGCAAUGGCACAGCUAGGUUUUAUUGAUUUGGGAGAAGUUGAUACAAUAUAAUCAACAUUUCGAACGAAGACGAAUAUGUGAAAGUUCUGAAAAUACGACUUCGAAGACAUCAUAGUAUUUCAAAGACAGAAAACAUUAUAUCUUUUAAAGUGAGUAUAU